AUGGAACGUGUAGCUCAUAGAAAUGGUGUAGCUGAUACCGCUGCGGAGCAACUGGCCUAAAACCACUGGCCUAAAACCGAAAGUCAAUGAAACAGUUACAAUCCAAAUUGACACGUUCCAGUCCUAAAGUUUGAAAGUGUUAAUAAGAAAACAAGAAUGAAUUUUGAUGACAAAACAUUCUGCCUGAUCACUGGAGCCAGCAGAGGGUUUGGUCGGUCAACUGCAGUUGCCUUUGCAAAACAAUGUAGAUUUCAUGAAGGGUCGGUCAUGAUCUUGAUGGGAAGAAAUGAGCAAUGGUUGAAUGAAACAAAGAGACUUGUCAAUCAAGCUAAUUGUUUGGUGUCUGUGGAAAUAGUUUUGUGUGACUUGGAAAACCUUGAUACUCUAAAUGAAUGCAUUUCACAUGCUUUAGGAGUCAACUGUAAAGAAUUUGCCACUGCAAUCCUGGUAAACAAUGCUGGCAGCCUUGGUGAAAUAAAAGUUCCAGUUAAAGAACAGGAUUCUUUAUCUUUGGCAAGAAGAUAUUUUGAUCUCAACAUCACAUCAGUUUUUCACCUAACAUCAAAGUUUGUUGCAGCUUUUAAGUCCAGCAAAAAGUUUGUGAUUAAUAUUUCAUCUCUGGCUGCCAUUCAGGAAAUGCAGUUUAUGUCCUUCUACUGUAGCGGAAAAGCUGCAAGGGAUAUGUUUCACAAAUGCCUUGCUUGUGAGGAAACUGAAAUCAGGGUGCUUAACUAUGCCCCUGGCCCAAUGGAAACUGCGAUGUCCAUGAACAUUCAACAGAACUGUGGAAAUGAAGCGUCAAGAGAGUUUUUUAAGGCAAUGAGAGAAAAGAACUCAAUUAUCCAACCUGAUACUUCUGCUGAUAAAUUAGUGAGAAUUUUGCGAAAAAAUGAAUAUAAAUCAGGUGAUCAUAUUGACUUUUAUGAUUUUCAGUGAUGUACGAAUCCUUUUAGUGUACAAUGAAUUUCAGAAUUAUCUAUACAUACUUUUCUAGUUAAAAUUAGAUUUCUUCAUUAAAUAAAGAGUAGAUGUCGAAGUAGAUUACUUUAAAUCUAUUUUCGCAUAUUUUUAAACAUGUAGUCGACUUGGAAAUGAAAUUGCAAAAAGUAUUCUAUUAAUGCUACCAAUAACCUUUGAAUUUUUUCACUUUUUUCUUGCAAAAUUAAUGCAGAAAUUCCAUUUGCAGUUACUAUUUGUGCUUUAAAUAGCCUUUUGAAAAUAAAUUAUUGAGAAAAAUGGAAAUAAAUUCACUUAUACCAUGCUAAAACAGUAUCGUUAUGCCAGAAAUAUUUGCUUACAAUGCUGAAACCGAAGGCCCAGAGUGGAAUCAAUGAACAAACAGGUUAUGGUUAGUUGCUGAGGUAGCUAGGGGGAUAGGGAGGAGCCUCUCCCUAAUUAUCACAGGGUUUGUUUUUAAGUAGGCGAUGCUAGGGAAAGGCUCAAGAGCCUAAAGCUAAGGCCUAACGAGGGAAAGGAGGAGUGUUAAAGCGAUUUGAUUGGGAAAGGAUUGGUGUGUGGUGAAAGCGCAAAACUAAUUUCAGAUUUAUUAUUAAAAAUGGGCUUUUUCCCAAACUUCCCCCUGGUCUCUUUCAACUAGACUUGCCUUUGCCUCCCAAUCUUCUCUCAUUGCCUAUGUUACAGUGGAUUAUUAUUAAGAAGCAUAUUAAGAAGUAGAUAUAUCUUCGUUUGUAAGACCCUGUGGCUCA